GGUGAUCUUGGUGCGUUCAAGACAACUGGGAACUCUGAAAUAGCGGCAAUCAUCUUCAAGUUGGAAAGUCGGAGUUCAAGCAAGGGACCCGAGUUCCCGGCUUGGAAUUCCGAGUUGGAUGACGAUUCAAAACGAUUUUUCUCAGGCGGAGCUGGUUCCCAGUUGUCUUGAACUUACUGAAGUCGGAUACCUCCAGUUGGUUUGAACGCGGCGUAAAUGCUGCGAAGGAGUCAUUGGAAAGGUCGUGCCAGACAGAAAUGUAGCUUGUCCACAUGACAAAAACGUGGGUCACUAAAACGUUUUAAAAUAUGAUAUGGUUACUUCAAGUAUGUGCCUUUUGGAUUCCGGGGUUAGAUUUUACUGUAGCAUGAUAACGUGCGCGUUCUGUUGAAUAACAUCUGAAGAAUUAAGUAGUAGAUGUUAACUUCUAGCUAAAUUCACAGAAUAACUAGCUAAUAACUAGCUAAACAUGAGUCCUGUUGCUUCAAAUCAAGAGACAGCUGCAACAGGACUUCCUGCUUCUUCGGGAUCCCCUAGAAGUAGCACACCUUUCUCCAUAACUGGACAUAUCCAGCAAGUCUACAGCCAUGUCAAAAUAGAGAAUUUGGUUGCAGGACUCAGUGGAGGAGUCGUGUCAACACUGGUGCUGCACCCUCUUGACCUAGUCAAAAUCAGAUUUGCAGUGAGUGAUGGACUGGACUUGAGACCUAAAUAUAAUGGCAUUAUCCAUUGUUUGAGAAAUGUGUGGCAGCAGGAGGGGGUCCGAGGACUCUACCAAGGAGUCACCCCAAACAUCUGGGGUGCUGGGGCAUCAUGGGGACUCUACUUCUUCUUUUACAAUGCCAUCAAGGCGUACACUAAGGAAGGCCGUCAUUCUGAACUGAGUGCCACAGAACACCUGCUGUCAGCCGCCCAAGCAGGUGUAUUGACUCUCACCCUAACCAACCCUAUCUGGGUGACUAAGACUCGCCUGGUGCUGCAGUAUAACGCUGAUCCCACCAGGAAACAGUACAAAGGGAUGAUGGAUGCACUGGUGAAGAUCUACCGGCAUGAGGGGAUACCUGGACUGUACAGGGGGUAUGUUCCUGGUUUAUUUGGCACGUCACACGGGGCAUUGCAGUUCAUGGCCUAUGAGGAGUUGAAGAGAGACUACAACAAAUACAAGAAAAUGCCUUCAGAAGCUAAACUGAAUCCAUUGGAAUACAUCACAAUGGCAGCUCUAUCCAAAAUAUUUGCUGUGGCUACCACAUACCCUUACCAGGUGGUGCGGGCUCGCCUGCAGGACCAGCAUAAUAAGUACAAUGGAGUCCUGGAUGUGGUCAGGAGGACAUGGAGGAAUGAGGGAGCUGUAGGGUUCUAUAAAGGCAUGGUGCCCAACCUGAUCCGUGUCACCCCAGCCUGCUGUAUCACCUUCGUGGUCUAUGAGAACGUGUCUCGCUUCCUGAUGGGCCAGAAGUGAGGAGGACUAAGGAGAGAGCCAUGGAAGGACCACAAAUAGGAAGGGACUCAGACAGUGUAUGUGGUGCUAGAUAAGAUAAGCCAUGAACUGAAGUCUCCAGAACUGUCACAGCAGGUAACUGGACAACUGAAGUCUCCAGAACUGUCACAGCAGGUAACUGGACAACUGAAGUCUCCAGAACUGUCACAGCAGGUAACUGGACAACUGAAGUCUCCAGAACUGUCAAAGCAGGUAACUGGACAACUGAAGUCUCCAGAACUGUCACAGCAGGUAACUGGACAACUGAAGUCUCCAGAACUGUCACAGCAGGUAACUGGACAACAGGAGCAGACAUAUCACCUAGAUACACCUCUGGCAGCCGAGUCAAAACAACCAUAAAGGAACUCCUAAAGCAUGUGGUGGAAUUAGAUCUUAUUACCACUAUGAAAAACCAGGAUUCGCGUCUAUCGUAUACAUUUGAGGUUUGGCAUUCUCAGAGACAUGAUGUUGACAAUGCUGGUAAUUAAAGACGGGUCUCUGUCUCUUGGAUGCAUCACAGAAGAACAGACCUCACUGGAGGUACUAAUGUACCCGCAAUUUGUUUUAAUUUAACUUAUUGGCAUCAUACUGUAGUGCAUGUAAACCUUCAUGUUGAUUAUGUCAUAGGAAAUGAUCACAGAGACUGAUUGCACUGUUCAACAUCUUUGAAAUAUUGUUAAUUUCAGAAGUCUUCAGCUGAAAUAUCAGGUUUGAAUUGGCAUUAGUCCAUUUCUUUCAGGUAAAAUAUUCUAUUCAAGUUUCAACCUUUAUGUUGCUUUUGUAUUUGUUAGCUUUUUUGUUGUUUCAGAUUCAAUUUUACAGCUGUUCUGUGUUCACGUGUCAUUUGGAAAAAGGGAUCAGCACAUGCAUUUCUUUAUGAUUUUACCUGGUCAUACAAAUGUCACGCCCUGACCUUAGAGAGACUUUUUAUUUCUCUAUUUGGUUAGGUCAGGGUGUGAUUUGGGUGGACAUUCUAGUUUUUCUAUUUCUUUGUUGGCUGGGUAUGGUUCCUAAUCAGGCAGCUGUCUAUCGUUGUCUCUGAUUGGAGAUCAUACUUAGGCUGCCUUUUUUCCACCUUUAGUUUGUGGGAUCUUGAUUUUUGUAUAGUUGCUGUGUAGCCUGCAGAACUUUAUGUUCAUUUUGUAUUUUGUUGUUUUUCGGUGUUCAUUUUAAUAAAAGUAAUAUGUUCGCCUACCA